GCCUCCACAGCCCAAGAACUCGACGCCGCAGAAGAAACAGCCGUUGCCGAACCUCCCAAGCCAACACAAAACGUGCCAACACAAAACAUGCCAACACAACACGUGCCAACACAAAACGUGCCAACACAACACGUGCCAACACAAAACAUGCCAACACAACACGAGCCAACACAAAACGUGCCAACACAACACGUGCCAACACAAAACGUGCCAACACAAAACGUGCCAACACAAAACGUGUCAACACAAAACGUGCCAACACAAAACGUGCCAACACAAAACGUGCCAAUACAAAGCCUUGCAGCAAAUCGAGCCGCCCAAGCCGCCGUCUACACAUCCCCCCAGCAUGCUCCCGAUUACCGAGUCCACAAUACAGUUCCGGAAACGGAAAUCUCUCACCCACAAAUCAAUCCCAGACAGUCGUUCACCAGUCCA